AUGAAACCUACAUUUUUAAAAUGUUUGCAAGGCAUAGAUAAGAAUCACGCUUAUAGACAAAUUAAUAUAAUUGAUAUACACUCUAGGUAUUUGAUUAUAAAUAAGCCGUCGGGUAUCCAAUGUAAUGGUACAAAAAGUCAUUCAAACUAUUUACUUCCUCAAUUAUACAAACAGCUAAAGGCUCAUUUUUCAGCAAAUAACCCCAACUAUAAAUUGAAUCCAGAUCAGUAUAAAGUAGUCCACCGAUUAGAUAAAUAUGUCAGUGGUGGUUUAAUUAUUGCUCGAGGGAAGAAUGCAAAUGCUUUCAGGAAAUCAUUUUCUAACCAAAAUACCAAUCUAUCAGUUAAACGGAAAUAUAUUGGAUUGGUUCCUAUCCCCAAUACUGUGAGCUUCAAACAGCAUCUACAUGAAUUUGGAGAUCUAAAGGUCCAACACGAAAAUGAAGUAAGGUAUUUGAAUCGUCCAGAAAGUGUCACAGACAAAAAAGGACUUAUAUUCAAAGACGAUCUGCUCACUGAAGGUAUCAUAAACUUUGACAUCGUUGCUCUACCAAAAGACGAUAGAAGAAAUAAGAAUACUGGAGAAUUAGUGACUUAUAGUGCAUUAACGAAAUUCAAAAUAUUGCAUUCUAUGUCUCAGGUACCUACGAAUGAACAAAUAUCAAGAUUUCCCAAGUUGUACAAGAACAAGACAAUAUAUCCCAUAAUAAUAGAAUUAGAAACCGGUAGAAAAAAUCAAAUCAGAGAUCAUAUUCUACAAGCUUUCAAGGUUUCGUUAUUGAACGACGAUAAAUUUAUUGACUUCAAAAUGGUUCAGAAAUCUAACACUGCCAAUAUUAAUAGUGAAGUAUACAACAGUAAUCAGAUAGGCUUACAUUCAGCCUAUAUAAGCAUACUGAAAAGUUCCUUCGCAAACGAAUAUGUAAUUCCAAUUCCAGAAGGUGAUGAAUAUCUCUGGAAGGGGUUCCUCGAUGAAAAUUCGUUCAUUAAGACGAUUAAUCGUGAACUUAUUACCUUCUAG